UGUGAAUCAGCUGCUCCUAUAAAAACACUGCCACCCUCCAUGUGAGCUUCCAGCUCCCGCGCCACUUUGCGUAUGGCGCCAAAUCCUAAGAAAUCUCUGGAACCCUAAUUUUCUUGGCUUCAGCUUGUCUCUGAAACCCUUGCCAUUUGCCUUUUUCCCUUUUAUCAGAUGCAAUGCACGCUCUUGAAAGCUAUAACCUAGCUAUACCAGUGAGGCUGAGCUCGCUUUGCUAGCCAUGGCCAAGAUCUUUGAAAUGAAGCUUUUGAGAAUCCCUAGAUAUGGCUGUUCUUCUGCUAUGAAUUGGAAAUGCAGUCUUUUUGAGCCCUAGAUAUUUAUUAGAGGUGAAAAAGGAGGCGUGCCUUUGUAGCGAUGGCGGAGAUCCCUGCUCUGGUGCUUUAGAGAAACCCUAGCCAUGGUGUUGGCUUUUCUCUAAAUCAGAAUGCAGGGGUUUCGCAUUCUUGUGGCUUUUUCUUUUCUCUGCGUCCUUUCUGAGGCUUCUGAUUCCCUGGAGCAAUGGAGUGGCAACGGCAAGAAAUUCAUCUUUGGGGAGGAAAGUUUGGCGCCUUGGGCAAUGGGUCUCCUACAGUUUGCACCUGCUUCUGGGCCAGCCUAUGGUACAGCAACAGAUUUGCACCACUCUCUUAUACUCGCAAAGGCUCGGACAAAGAGGCCUGACAUGCUCCACAGGUUUAGACGUUAUCAAGGUGGAUGGGACAUUACCAACAAGCAUUAUUGGGCCUCUGUUGGAUUUACAGGUGCUGCUGGUUUUGUCCUUGCAUUUCUGUGGUUUAUUUCUUUUGGUGUGGCACUGCUUUUACUUCGCUGCUGUAGAUGGAGCAACUUUAUCAGGAGCAAAGGCUCCCGCCGUUCAUGUUGGAUUUCCCUCACAUUGCUUCUUAUUUUCACGUGUGUCACAAUAGUUGGUUGCAUUUUUCUAUCUGUAGGACAGGAUGAUUUCCAUGGCGAGAUGAUGGAUACUUUGAAUUUUGUUGUUAAUCAAUCAGAUUUCACAGUUCAGAAGCUUAGAAAUGUCACGGAGUUCUUGUCCCUUGCUAAGUCCAUAAAUGUAGAUCAGGUGUUUCUUCCAUCAAAUGAUAAAGAUGAGAUUGACAAGCUGAAUGGGGAAUUGGAUAAUGCUGCAAGUACGCUGACAGAGAAGACAAGUGAAAAUUCUGAAAGAAUGAAAAGAGUUCUCAAUGCUGUGCGAUGGGCCUUGAUCGUGGUUGCAACAGUGAUGCUUCUUCUGUCUCUACUUGGUCUAAUACUUUCUAUGCUCGGCUACCAGCAUGCUAUUUAUACAUUUAUAUUGAGUGGAUGGCUGCUUGUGGCAUUGACUUUCAUUCUCUGUGGAGUUUUUGUGAUUCUUGAUAAUGCGAUUACGGAUACCUGUGUUGCCAUGAAAGAGUGGGUUGACAACCCUCAGGCCGAGACUGCUCUCAGUGACAUUCUCCCUUGUGUUGAUGAGAAGACCACCAACCGCACAUUGUACCAAAGCAAAGAGGUUAUUUACCAGCUCGUUAAAGUUGUGAACACAGCGAUAUAUACUUUCGCAAAUAAUAACCCCCCACCUAAUCUCCCUCCUCCUUAUUACUACAAUCAGUCUGGCCCUCUCAUGCCACCAUUGUGUUCUCCUUUCGACUCUCAGCUGAAUGAUAAGGAUUGUGCUCCUCAAGAGGUCUCUUUUGACAAUGCGUCUCAGGUAUGGCAAAACUACAAGUGCAUGGUCUCUUCAUCUGGCCUAUGCAUCACAACUGGAAGGGUCACUGCAGAUGCUUACGACCAAUUGGUGCUGGCUGUGAAUGUGAGUUACGCACUCUAUCACUAUUCGCCUUUCCUUCUUAGCUUGCAAGAUUGUCACUUUGUAAGAGAAACAUUCACAACUAUAACCUCUGUAUACUGCCCUAGCCUUGAGCAUCACCUGAAGCUGGUGAAUGCUGGGUUGGCUUUGAUCUCUGUUGGCAUCAUGCUUUGCCUAGUGCUAUGGAUCUGUUAUGCAAAUCGCCCCCAAAGGGAGGAAGUGUUUGUUAAGCUAGCAGUAAGAAAGGCUUUUGAGGAUAGCUCUAUCCGUAAUGGGGCCGAGCCAUAGUGCAGUCUUUAGAUUGCUCGUCAUGAGUUUUGGCAAAGAAGAAUAUGCCCACACGGGGCUAAGCCCCGACUGGGUCAUGUGAAUAGUAAUAUGAUGUAUAUUGAUCAAUAUCUAGUGUUCUCUAGUUAUAUGAUGAGAGUUUUUCUGGUGAUAGAUGGGCCUUCACGCUGUAUCUUCAAUUGAAUAUAUGCAAUACCAGUCUAUGGUGAUCAUUUGCACUA